ACGAAGUGGGCGGUGCCAUAAAAAAGUGUUAAACUUCACUGUACUCCGACUAGCAACAGGAUUUACUUUUAAUCUGUUCGUAAAUGGAGUACGAAGACACACAGAAACAACCAAAGCAGCCAGUUGAAGAACAUCACAGGGAAGGAGCAGCGCCUUGCCUCACACAUUGCUAAAACGGAGUUCAGGGGCCUUCAGGAUGGACCCGGUACUUCCCAGUGAUGUUUUUGACUCAGAUCUGCUGGGGACAGAAAGUGAGGAACUCCGGCUUAAAGUGGACUUCUUCAGAAAACUGGGGUACUCCACAGCAGAGGUGAAAGCCGCUCUGAGAAAGCUGGGCCUAAGCACUGACACCAACGCAAUGCUCGGGGAGCUUGUGAGGAACAGAACCACCAACACGUCACCCGGUGUUUCUGACAGCGAUGAGAGGAGCACAGAUCUGAAAGAGCUGCUGCUGCCUCCCAGUUGGGACGUUGGAACCUGCAGAAUCAUGCCACAACAAAACAGUGUAGACUCGGAGCUGAGACCUAUUGUUAUUGACGGCAGCAAUGUUGCUAUGAGUCACGGCAACAAGGAAGUGUUCUCAUGCAGGGGCAUAGAGUUGGCAGUGGAUUUCUUCCUGGACAGAGGUCAUAAUAACAUCACUGUGUUUGUUCCCUCUUGGCGCAAAGAGUUGCCCCGAGCUGAUGCCCCUAUAACAGAUCAACACAUUCUGUUGGAGCUUGAAAAACGGAAAAUAGUGGCCUUCACCCCUUCCCGCCGGGUUGGUGGCAAGCGAGUGGUUUGCUAUGACGACCGCUUCAUUGUCAAACUUGCGCAUGAUUCAAAUGGCAUAAUUGUGUCCAACGACACCUACCGUGACCUUCAAGGAGAAAAACCUGAGUGGAAGAAAUGCAUUGAGGAGAGGCUCCUCAUGUACUCAUUUGUGAAUGACAAGUUCAUGCCUCCAGAUGACCCUCUAGGUCGACAUGGGCCUAACCUGGACAACUUUCUCCGGAAAAAGCCCCAGCCUGUUGAGCAGAAAAAACUGCCCUGUCCAUAUGAUAAAAAGUGCACUUAUGGCAUGAAGUGCAAGUACUACCAUCCUGAGAGGGCAAACCACUCCUACCUGUCCUUGGCUGAUGAACUGAGAGAGAAAGCACAAAUUUCUUUUGGAAAAGAAGAGAGAAAGGCAAAAUCAUCAGUCAACUAUCCUCAAUCUGAACCCGAGCCUUCUCAUCCUCGACACACACAUCUCCCUUGGGAUCAGCAGAUUUCCUCAGUUCCUGGUCACAUUAGUGAAAAUAAACUACUUAUCUGGGAAAACUUCAGAAAAAGCCCCAACCAGAUGCCGUCUUCAGCAAACGGAGGAAAGUGUCAAGAAGACUAUUCCGCAUCACACUAUAUGCCGAAUCGUUACUAUCCCAAUAUGUCUCGGGAAUAUUUUGAUUCUGGUUUUGGUUCGAGUGAGAGCUACUACUCUGACUUGCCGCCAUCCCUCAGCAGCACCCACAGACUUGGUUCUCAGCAUCAAAGCACCCUCCCUGGGCUCCAACGUUCCCCAGUUCACAUGGAGAACUGUAAUACCAGUCAUUGUGGCAAAUGCUGUUCCUACCCGCAUCAGCGGCAUCACGGCAACAUCGACUGCUGCAGUCAACCCAUCUAUGACACCUACAAUCCAAAUAUGUUCCCACACGGUGUACAUCAGCAACGGAGCCUGCCUGCCCAUUUCCAUAAAACUGCAACCCCCCAACUCCAUCAUAAUUACUGGUCAGAUCCCUUUCAGGGUGCGCCGCCAGCCAGGUCCUCAUGCCCCGCCCCCUCCUUGCCCUACCCUUCACACUGCCACAGCUCCUGUUGCUCCUAUGAGAAUCACCAGUACCAAACCUGGGGCCAGCAAAAGCAGCAACCGUCGCUGCCGUCGACUCCUGCUGCAUUCAAGCAAAAUAGGUCAGAAAUGCGCAAGAAACUGCACGCCAUCUUCAACCCAAACCAAGUGGAUAGUGUCAUGGAGAUGUUCCCGCACCUGAUGGAUGCUGAAGUUUUGGCUGCAGAGAUACUGAACAUGAAAGCUCAGGGGAUGAUAUUCUGAUCAUGGUUCUGCUCUCUUUGAUCUGGAAUAUCGAAAUAUUUAAGACAAGUUUCAAUGCAACAAAGUUAACAGGAAAAAAAAAAGAUCUGAAUAUGAUGGUGUUAUCGUGUCCACGUAGAUCCACAUCAAUGUUUUUUACAGCGACAAUGCAUUACAGGUGUGUUAGUUCUUGCACACUAAAACCAUCACAUUGAGGUGUGUUGGGGUUAAACACAAACACACGUUGAUUGAUUUGAACCUCUAGAUAGAUGGACACAUGUACUGAGAACUGAUGAACGCCCACAGAGAUAGAUUAAGUUAAUUAACUGAAAUAGAGAAACCGUUAACACAUUAAUCUCGUACCAAAAUAAUCAGUAGUUGCAGCCGUAUGUCAGUCAGAGAGUAUUAAAAAAUGUGUUUUUCAGGGAACUAAUAUAAAAUAUAUUGUAGCGAUGUUUCAUUCUAUCUGCUUUCUAUUAUGCUACUGAAAUAUUUAUGAAAAUUGAGCUCUUGCUGUGUUAUAUGUAUGACAUUGUUGUCAAAUGUAACUGUACCAUUCCAUUUUUGGAUGGAAUGUGCCUCUAGACCAAAGAUGACUUCAGGAGUUUUGACUGUUGAUGCAUAUUGUGUCAGGUAUUAUUUUAAGUUCUCGUGCUGUAUUAAAGGUUUUAUGCUUUUGCUUUCGCUGUAGUUCUCUGCAACAGCCUGCUCUUCCAGUAUUAUCUUUGAUCUGGCUGAUCUCACAAGGAAGCUAAACAGAGGUGACUUUUAAAACCACUUCACCUGAAUUAAAAGGAAUUUACCAAGUGUGCUUUUCCCUUUCCUGUAAAUGUGCAUUAUUUCCAUGAAACACGUACUGGCAAAAAUGUAAUUUAUGCAUGUUUUUAAGUGAAUAUUUUAAUAAAGAUAGAAAUAAAAAUGGUAAA